UGGACUACUGUCUAUAUAGCAAACCGCCCUGCAACAUCAAACUUUUACUUAUAAUGACAUUAAUUCACUUUAAUCUACAUUGUACAGUAUUUUACCUUAUCGUGGCACUGCAGCUUUUACUUUGAAAGCCGACCUUAACCGGAAGUCAUUUUUGGCAGUGAUAAACAGUUUGGCGCGUGCUCAAACAUGUCAAACAGGAGGUUCAUACCUGAGACAGGUAGAUGAACGUCUGCUGUGGUGGGAGGGCCGUGAACGCACCACCAACCCUAAAACUCGGACAUGACAUCAGAGAGUGUGUGUUCCGCAUUCCUGAAACACACACUCACUCACACACACACACAGACACACACACUGAACGCUACCUCACUCACUGACGCACUCUGAACACACACACACACAGACACACAUACUGGACCGGGAUCAGGAGCAGACCAGGACCAGUCCAUGGGGUAGACCGCGGAUUUUUACACCUCAGAGCCGGAGGAGGAGCAGCGGGAGCGGUGAGUUUCUGUCGGACUGUCCGUGCUUCCACCCGCCGUUAGUCACACCGUCACUACCGCCUUCAAACACCGACUAACGACACACCUGGAUCCAUAAAAUCCCCACAUUGCCUGUCUGAAAACAUCCCUCUGUCAGUCUCUACCGCACCUUAAAUAUCCGCGUUUACUGUCUGAUUCCGAGUUUCACAGUUUAACUCUCCACCCGCUGUUCAGGAGUGUGUUAAACAUCCGAGUUUAUCAGUGUUUUUCUGCAGGUCUUAACCCUUUAUUCAUAAGAACAUAAAUGCAAAACCUUAGACGAAAUCAUUUUGGUUUCUGUAUUAUCAAAUUAGCUUUCCAUAUGAUCCUGAUUUCAUUAGAGUUAAGAUGAUAUGUAAAAUAUUGUUGAAAUGUAAUAUUUGAUGUUUUGCAUACAAUUUGAAGCACAUAUUUAGUUUGAAAAUACAGAAAAUAGAAAACAGGUAAAAAGUUCUUAAAGAGCAACAACCAAACAGUAAGAAAUUGUCACAGUGAAACAACCAAAAAGGCAAAAAGUUGUUAGAUGAAGUACCAAAAAGCUGAAGAGUCAUGUAAAAAACAGCUGGAGGAACAUUUCCAACUAAUAAGGUUAAUUUCCAACAGUUUAGUUAGAUGACUUGAUAUAAAAAUGACAUUCAGAGAGGCUGAGUCUGUAAGGAUAGGAAGAGGUUCACUACUUUGUGAGAGACUGCAUGAGCUAAUAGUUCAACAGUUUCAGAAUUAAGUUUCAGUGUGUCAAAUUGAAAGAAAAAGAAGAAGAAAUUCUUUGGUAAAAGUAAACGACAAUAUGUACAUUCCACCCGCUGUUCCAAAAUCUGUAAAACCCCCGAGUUUAUCAGUGUUUUUCUGAAGGUCUUAACCCUUUAUUCAUAAGAACAUAAAUGCAAAACCUUAGAUGGAAUCAUUUAGGUUUCUGCAUUAUGAAAUUAGUUUUUUUUAUAUGAUCCUGAUUUCAUUAGAGUUAAUAUGAUAUGUCAAAUAUUGGUAAAAUGUCAUAUUUGAUGUUUUGCGUAUAAUUUGAAGCUCAUAUUUAGUUUAAAAUGAGAGAAAAGAGAAAACAGGUAAAAAUUUCUUUAAGAGAAACAACCAAACAGGUAAAAAGUUGUCAUAGUGAAACAACCUAACUCAUAAAAAGUUGUUAUAGAUGAACUACCAAAAAGCUGAAAAGUUGUGUAAUGUUAAAAAAGAAACAGCUGGAGGAACAUCUCCAAACAAUGAGGUUAAUUUCCAACAGGUAGGUGACAUGACUGUGUGUAAAAAGGACAGUCAAAGAGGCCAAGUCUGUAAGGAUAGGAAGAGGUUCACCACUCUGUGGGAGACUGCUUGAGCUUAUAGUUAAACUGUUUCAGAGUUAAGUUCCCGCGUGUCAAAUAGAAAGAAAAAGAAGAUAGUUAUAGUAAUAGUAAACUACAAUAUGCAUUUUCCUUCAUUUCACUCCAAUUUUUUGUUUGUUUUAUAGACUUUUUUUACCUCAAAUAUUUUUUAAUAUAUUGUUGCUGCCUAAAAGUUGUGAUGUUCAGGAACAGAAAGAAUCAUGGCUUUCAGAGGAUAAGAGAGGAAUUUUACCUAGACAGGUAAACAUGGUAUUUAUUAGUGUUGGUUAAAAUGCACCCAAUGUAUUAAAUAAAUAAAUUUAAAGUAUUUAAGCUAAUAUGAUAAAGUUUCUAAAGUUGAAUCAGAGUGAGUCAGCUCAGCCAGAUCUUGUCCAAAAAUAAAAACCCUUAAGUUGAUGAAGAGGACUACAAACAUGGCAUUGAGACUACAAACACGGAGGCUGUUUGAAAGAGUUUCUGCACUGGGUUUUACCAGCUGUGUGUUUGAAGUAAAUUUCUACUUUAUGAUGACGUACACCAGCUAUUUCCAAUGUAAGAUUCAAUCACGUGUUAAGUUUACACCCAGAUCUGAGGAGGAGCUAACACCUUUAUGAAUUACUGCUAUUCAGAUUAGAUAAGAGAGACUUUAUGGAUCCUUUUUGAAAGGUUCACUCAAGGAAACACAAACUUUUUUUGUUGCAUUACUUGGAGUGAUGCUUUCAGAAGAUGAAUAGUCAACGGUUUUUAUCAUAUUUAUACAUUUGUUACUUGUGUGUUGCUGUAGGUGAUAACGGGAUGCAAGCUUGUUUAGAGGUGAUCAGACAUGAAAGUCAGCUCAAUAACAACAACAACAAAAAAAUUGAUUUCACAGAUUUUUCAAAUGUUGGGGAAGCAUUUCAUUUCUGUGGAAAUAUUUUUGUUAGUUUGGAUGUUACGCUGUGCUUGUUAGGAUGAAUCUUAUUAUUAUUGUUAUUCAGCUGUUACAGUGGUUUGUGUUUGCACACACUGUGCUCUGUUUUAACUGUUAAAGCACACAGUAACAGUGUGUAGUCUCUCUGUGUAACCUGUUUGACAAAUGCCUGCUCAUGAAGAACAACCUGCUCGGUUUAUUUUGCCUCCUGAUCAAAGCCAUAAGAUCCAUUUUCAUCUUUACAACGCAGUGUCAUGCAUGAAUCCUUAAUGAUUAAGUUACUUAUCUAUUCUUUGUAUUUGCUGAUAAGCUGACUGUCAACUCUGAAUUUUAUACAAACUAAUGAUGUCUGAGGAACUGGAAAUUAUUUCACAGAUUAAAAGUUUCAAUUAAAGUAAUCAAACAACAUUUUAACCCUAAAACUUUGACAUGAUGAUAAAUGUAAAAAACAGUUUCUGAUGGACAAACCUUUAGUAAAGGCUACUCUCAUGUAUCCUCUCUUACCUGUCCUCUGAUUUCUCCCCUCUCUUUUGCUUUUUCUCCUAAUACUUGGGUCCUCUCUCCUAAUUUUUCUUCUCUUUCUUGGAUCCUCUCUCUCCUCUGAUUUCUCUCCUCUUCCUUGGAUCCUCUACUCUGAUUUCUCUCCUCUCUCAUGGAUCCUCUCUCCUCUGAUUUCUCUCCUCUCUCUUGGAUCCUCUCUCCUCUGAUUUCUCACCUCUCUCUUGGACCCUCUCUCCUCUGAUUUCUCACCUCUACCUUUGGAUCCUCUCUCCUCUGAUUUCUCUCCUCUUCCUUGGAUCCUCUUCUCUGAUUUCUCUCCUCUCUCUUGGAUCCUCUCCCCUCUGAUUUCUCUCCUCUCUCUUGGAUCCUUUCUCCUCUCACCAGCAUUAUUUGGAAACUCGUUAACUUCUUCCUGUUCAGCAGCAGACUGCAGAGAAUAUGCUUCAUAAAUCGUCUUGAACAUGAUGUACCAGCAGCAGCUAUGAGGAAACCUGGCUGAUUGACAGGUGGAGCUGAACCUGUGUGUUGGGUCAUGUGACUAGUGAAUAAAGAAGUGAGAGUUGGAUGUGGAUGUGGAUGUGUGCGUGCAUAUGUUGUAAUCUGUGCCUGUAUGUGAUCUGUGUCUCUCAGGUCAGCCUGUGGAGGAUGACGGAUUAGAGUUUCGAUGAUGAAGAUGAUGAUGAAGACUGUUUUAUAACUGGUCUGGAUUAUCAGAGAUCCAACAUGGCCGUCUUCAAACCUGAUAAUGUUGAAGACCUUUACGAGAUGGGAGAAGUUCUGGGAAGGUGAGUGUACAACCUACUGUUUUAAAUAAAGUUUUAUACUGUUGACAGAUGUGUUUACAGGUGUCAUAUUUCUUUAACCUGAACACUGAUCAGAGGUUUAAAGUUACUCCUAUGACUAAAUAUGCUGAUGAGAUUACAACCUGCUUAUGCAUCAGUAAUUCUGUCAGAGUAAAAACAUGCCGACCUGCUCAGAGUUUACUGCCUGAUGCAUUAAAAACUGCAAAAGAAGAAUCUGGUCCUACCUGUCUGUUUAUAACCAAAACCUAUUUCUGGAUGUCAUUGUUUACGAUUGUAUUGUUGAUAAAGUAUAAAAAAACCAUCCAUAUCAUGUCAUGCUUUCAUAUUGUACCUCUGCUUACUAGUGAAGACUUCUCCAACUUUUGGUAUCUGUAUCUUAUCUUGUGUAUUAAACCUCAAAGCUGCGUAAAAUGUUCCUGAAAACAAAAUGCUGGUUUGUAAAUCGCUGAGAAUCUGUAUUGUGUCAUGAUCUAUGUUCUGAUCUGACCCUAUUCAGCGGGCACUUUGGUCAGGUGCGGAAGGUGCGGGAGCGUUCCACUGGGACUCUCUGGGCUGGAAAGUUCCUGAAGAUCCGGAAAAGUCAGUGCAGUCUGCUGGGUCUUGAAAGGAGCAACGUGGAGCGAGAGGUCAUGAUCCUGGAGGCUGUCCAACACCCCAACAUUGUCACGCUGAAAGAUGUGUUCGAGAGCCGAGCAGAGGUGGUGCUGAUCCUGGAGCUGUAAGUCCAAGUGUGUGUGUGGGUUUGUGUGUGUGUGUGUGUGUGUGUGUGUGUGUGUGUGUGUGUGUGUGUGUGUGUAUCACUAUAUAUGAUCUGUUUCCAUAUGUGAUAACGGAUCAUAUAUAGUGAUCAGGUGGAAACAGAUCAUGUAUAGUGAUCAGGUGGUAAUAGAUGGUGGAUAGUGAUCAGGUGGUAAUGAAUCAUGUAUAGUGAUCAGGUAGUAACAGAGCAUACAUAGUAAUUCAGCAGUUAUGACACUCAGAAUUGCAUUGGGAUUGGCAGGAUUGAUUGUUAGGAGGGUCUUACUCACCCUGAAAUGAUUUUAUUUUCCAUGGUCACCUAGCAUCAUCCCACUAGCCACCCAACUACCAAAUUAAGACAUCAAUUGCCAACUAAAAAUGUAUCAUUUUGUUUUCUGAAAAAUAACUCAUUUAUACCAUGAAAAAAUUCCCUCCCUUAUUUCAUGGUUGGUAAAAAUGUAAUGUCUCCUUGUACUCUCUUCAGCCCCCAGCCACAAUGAAUUAACACAACAUUGAACACGUUCAUUUAGGGUCAAGCUUAUCUGUAGUAAUUCAUACUGAAGUGAACAAUUCUAGUGAUGGUAACUUAAGACAAGGUGAGCAGGACUUCUGAACAAUGAUUCUGUCUGUCUUCAUUUGGUUCUCCUCCUUAGAGAUUUGAUAUUGACUUAACGUUGCCCAUUAGUGCCAUCAUUGUUUCUGCUCAUGGUUAGUGAUACUUUCUAGAGAUCAGCAGCUUAGAGACGCUCUUACCAGCUCUGCUGCUGGUACCCAGAUUGCAAGACAGGAUGUGGCUCCACUUCCCUGUCAGUUUGCCACUAUUUCAGAGCAGCUUGGGGGGCUACUAAAAUCUAAACCUCUUUAACUGUCAUUAUCCUCUUAUUCCCAAGACCAGCCUGAGACACUGACUCGAGCAGUUUUACCACAGUGUCAACAGGCAGAGGGGAAAUACGACAGACUCCUCUUUACAGAAGGAUAUCUAAAGAUGCGUGUGAUAAGCUUGAGUGAAAAUAAGUUUUUUUCAACUUUAUGAUUGCAUUUAUUUUUUUUAUAUCAAUGUAGUCAAUCCAGUUUAUUGAAGUGUUUAAUUUCUUGUGUAAUUUAAUUGGUUUAUUUUGUGCAUUGAUCUAUUAUGUGUGUAUGACUGCAGAGUGUGUGGCGGCGAGCUGUUCGACUUCAUUGCUGAGAAAGAGAAUCUUCUGGAAAGUGAAGCCAUCGAGUUCCUGAAGCAGAUUUUAGAGGCCCUGAGAUUCAUGCAUGGCAAAAACGUUGUGCACUUUGACCUUAAGGUACACCUGAACACUCACCUGAGACUAGACUUAAUACGGAGAUCAUCUCAGUUUACUGACAUCAUUUGUAUCGAUUAGCUACUUUCAAGUUUGUGUAAGUGCAUAGACCUGAAGACUAGAGAAGCAUGGACUAGAAAACUGACCAGAGGACUAGGAAACCUUCCUGAGACUAGAACACUGAUCUGAGGACUGAAACCGUUUGUUUGUUUACAGCCUGAGAAUAUCAUGCUGUCGGAUAAAUCGUCUCCUCAGCCAAUCAUCAAACUGAUCGACUUCGGCCUCGCUCGGCGUAUCUGUCAGGGCGAGGAGUUCAGGAGCACGAGUGGAACGCCGCAGUACAUCGGUGAGGAUCUCCAAUUCAAUCAAGAAUAUCAAUAUUUAUCAGAGGGAGUGUUACAUUUAAACACACACUGCAGGCUAGCCUCUUGGAGCAGUGCGGGGUUCCGGGUUUUACCUUUGGACACCUUUUCAGACUGCAGGAUCUUGCACUAAAUUUUAGUGACAGUCACAGUGCUAAACUGAUUUUAUUUCUCAGAGUUCGUCUGGAGCCUCAGGAUCUUACCUUCUCUUGUCUUUCAGCCCCCGAGGUGAUUAACUGUGAACCUCUGAAUGCAUCUGCAGAUAUGUGGUAAGCCACACACACACACACACAUUUUUCUGUGAAAAUGGGUUCAGACACGUUCUGAACUUAACUCCCAACAUUCACAUCACAAAAACUUCCCAAGUGACUUAUUGUAUGUCAGUGUUUGUGUUUGUGUCUCUGUGUGUGUUUGUCUUUGUGUUUUAACAGUACAAUGUGUACCACAAUAAACCUGACAUCAGUCCAGUCUGGGUUAGAUGACCUGAAUCAUAAUCAAAGUUAUAACAGGUAAAUCAUAACGACCAGGUUUACGUGUUUGAACCUGCUAGAGGCCAAAACAGGUGGAGCAGGUGUGUGAGAGAGACUGUCCUUCACUGUUUCAGAGCAUGAGGUUUCACUUAUGGCUGCAAAGAGUUUUUCUCUCACAGUGGAUAACAUCACACACUCAGUUAAUCAAUCAACUUGUUCUCAAACUAAUUAUCAACUUCAGCUUUAUAGUGAGACAGUCUCCUCCUGCAGCAGUUAGAGAGUUACAGUGAAGAGGAAGAACUUCCUUUAACAGGCAGAAACCUGGAGCAGAACCAGACUCAUGUUUGACUGUCAUCUGCUGAGACUAGGCUGGGUUUAGAGGUAGAUGCAGACAGGGAGAGAUGGACAGCGAUAAUGAAACAAGUAUGUUAGCUAUUUAAAUGAACAGCACUUUGAUGGUAGUAGAAUAGUCUUGGAUUGAUUUAUACAAAAUUCAAGUCAACAGGUUUUACAGAAACAUUUGUAAUGAUUGGGGUAGAAAUUAAAACAUUAAUUCAAGCAGAAGUCUUGUUCUUUAAAAAAAUAAACAUUGGCUUUGUAAUAGUGACAAUAAUGGAGAGACAGAUUGAAGCAAAUGGAAAGAAGGCAGGACGUCUGCUGCAGCAGUUCAGAGGAACCUACAGGAUGGGGGAGAGUUUAGGUUGCCAUGGUGAUCUGUUGUUAGUAACAAACAAUUUUACGGUAUUGCUGCGUUCGAGUUACCUCGGAGGUUGGAUGUCCGAGACGUCACACCCGAGUUACCAGCGUUUCAGUUUCCAAGUUAUUUUAGCGAUUGUUAUUUUAGUUAAGUUAUUUUAGCAUUCCCUUUCGUAGAUGUAGCAUUCCUAUUUCUGCCUCCGAUUUUGCUUUUUUCCCACUUGGUAACUGAAAUGCUGGUAACUUGGGUUUGACGUCAUUCCCAGCUCAGACUUCUGACUUCCGUGGUAACUCGAACGCAGCAUAUGCUCAACACCUUUCUUUAAUGGAGAGUUUUUUUUUUUAAGGAUAGUGUUUGUUAUAACUGUUAUAACUAUACGUGCAGCCUGACUGAUUCAAUAAAAAAACACAGACUUGCUUUUGUAAACAAACAGCUCUAAGGUUCAGCCUCCUAAAAAAAUCAAUUUCAUCAAAAAAAUUAAAAUAAAUCUGUCCAUUAAACUACCAACAUCACUCUUCCAUGUGAGCUCACCUGUUCGUUAAUCUCACCUCUAUUGUUUGUCAUGUAUGUGUUGUUUCCGUUGUGUCUUUUGAUGGUUUAUUGUCUUUUUAUUGUGUUGAAAAUGUUUUCUUUCUAUCUUUUUCAAAUGACCUUCCUGACUUCCUGCUUCAUGUUUUUCUUCUGCAGGAGUAUCGGAGUCAUCACCUACAUACUGUAAGUGCAUGUGUUUGUGUGAAUGUGAGGUUUUUGUUAGUUACUACUUUAAUGUUAACACACCCCGUGAAAUGUCCUGUCUGUGUAUCCUUAACAAGUCUGUCGGCGUGUAUUUACAGAUAUUUACAAGAAUGUAGAGUUUUGUGUUGUUAUUUAAAACCAAGUGUCUAAAUAUUGUGUCCUCUGUGUGUGUCGUCAGCCUGAGUGGUUUGUCACCAUUUCAAGACGAGACUGAUGAGGAGACUCUGGCCAACAUCCUGGCCAUGAAAUUCGAGUUCAAUGAUCGAUAUUUCAGCACGACCAGCUCCAUGGCCAAAGACUUCAUUCAGAAACUGCUGGUCAAAGAUCCCAGGUGAGCUGCUCAGGUAAACUUUGUCUCUGAUUUAGGAACUGACUGUUGUAGUAUUUUGUGUAUUAUGUCAUAUAUUUAACAGCAGAUGUUUACUGUUUUCUGAUUUCACAGUUUUUAUUUCAUUUUUUUUUGUUCCAUUUAUGACAAAAUAUAAAGUCCUCCACAAAACAAGAUGAAGACUUUCAUAGUAUCACACACGUCAUGUCUGGAAAGGAGCAGGAAGAAGAAAACUCUUAUUUUUACUUCCUGUUACUGGAAACACAAAUGACCAAUAGCUAUCCCAUUGCAUGACAGCCAAUAUUACAAUAACAAAGAAAAACUGUGUACCCAAAUUCAUACUCACUAAUGAAGCUAUGUGGAUUUUAACGUUUCUGUCUGUGUCUUUAUUGAUAUUAUGAGAUGGUCUAUGUGAAAGUUAAAGGUUUUCAGUAAUUUUUUUAAAUAAUGAAAUUUUUGUGUCUGUCUGUGUUCAAGUGAGAGGAUGACGGCUGAGGACAGUCUUCAUCAUCCCUGGAUUAAGGUGACAAAGACUGUAUUUGAACUUUGUUUUAUGACUGAAUUUUUAUUUGAUUAUUUUUUUACAGUAAGCAUAAAUUAUUUUUACUUCUUUUUAAUCUUUAUAACUCACUUGACUUCAGAUGUUUUUGUACAUUUCAGCCACUCACUCGCUCUCAGAAGGUCAAAAGGAAUCGAUCAUCCAUCAACAUGAAAAGCUUUAAAAAGUUUAACGCAAGACGGAAGUGGAAGGUGGGUCUGUUUGUUAAUAAUAUCUCCAAUUGCACUCUGAUGUGAAAACACUAAAAAGAUAGAUAUAUAGAUAUUUUAUUAAUCUUUUGCUCUAUUCUGGCAGCUAAGGUCACACAUGCACAUUAAAGUAGGGAUGCCAGAUCCUGACGGUAAACUUGUGGAAUCUUGACACCAAUUUUUGAUUAAUUUGACUUGGUUCAAGAACAGAAAAUAUUCUUUGACUAAAAUGUUUGUGUAAUCAGUAACUCUGAUACAGAAUCAGAAUAUCAUUAUUUGUGUUAUUCUGUGUAUAAAUUUAGAGAAGCCUGAUGCUGCCAAAACAUCAUUUCUAGUCUCACCCUGAUAUAAAAGAAUAAAAAAUCAGAUCGGUUCAGUACCGGUAUCAGAACUCAAAAAGUUGGAUGAUUGCGUCCUUAUGUAAAAGCUCUAAGAGAUUUAAAAAAAAAAAACAAAGAAAUUUACUGAGGAUAAAACAAGUCUAACUAAUUCUCAAUAAAAUAUAUAAUUCAGGAUAUAGAAGUAAAAUAGAAAUAGUAAAUGUACAAAUGUAAACAUCUGUGCUUUUCUCUCUCUGCCCCCUCAGAUGUCUUAUAAUAUGGUUAGGAUGUGUAACCGGCUGGUUCGCCUCAGGCUGCUGUGUAAGAGCUCAGACCAUGAUCCAGUCCAGGUAAGACCUGCUCGGGCCCUUAGACCAUAGGUUGGAUCAACUAGAUCUUUGGUUGAAUUAAAGAACUUCAAAAGAAACACAGAAAGAAACUGGUCCAUGGAGCUGUAAUACGAUAUAUUUUAUUGGGUGAAUGCUUGAUCAUCAAUCCAUUUAUCCAUCCACCUGGGUGGUGGAUGGAGGUCCGAGCCUAAGAAAACAACAAAACCACAUCCUAUGCAAAAAGAUGUCCUGAUGUCCAUUUAUGGUCAUAAUCUGUGUUUACAGACGUACAGCAGUGUGAGAAGAGAGUAAAGUUGUAGCUGAGAAAAGAUCUCUGAUAGCAGCAUGUGGAUACAGAAACCUGCUCUGUGAGAUUAUAUAGAAUUUCCCUUUGGGGAUUAAUAAAGUUCGUCUUGUUCUUAUUCUUAUUAAAGUGUAAAGGCUGUCUGCUGACUGGUUUCUGUCUUGAUUCAUGGCUGCCGGUUCUGCGUCUCCACUACUUCACAGAGACUACGUUCUUGCAGAGUAUUUUCAUAAGCUCUCUUAUAGAAACCGGAACACUUCUGUAUUUUUAUGCUCAAUCGGGCAAAGAAAACUUUACAAGCUAGUGUGAAUUUGACUCAGUGCAGUCGAGUGAAACAGAAACAUAGAACUGGAAAAUCAAACUCUGCACAUCGAUACACAGACAUAGAUUCACUUUGAGCUUUGUGCCGCUGCUUUCAUUAUAAUUGAGCACACUAAUCCAAACUGAACCUGUAGUUUAUAUCAAGAUCAAAAAUUCAUUUCGUAGGUGCUCUGACGCAUUUCACUCCCCACUGUAAACAAGCUGGAGAUCUGAUUAAAAUCUGGAAAGUUAAAAUUGUUCAGUGCUGUUGUGACUGAAUAUUUUUUUUCUGCAGAGAGAUUGUGAAAGUGACAUUGAGGACACAGAGAGCAAACCAGCAUCUCUUCUGCGACGAAGACUUAGCAGCAGCUCAUAGGGACCAGAAGAGGAAGAGCCAAGCAAGACGAAGAGUCGAGGAAGAUGAGGAGCUGAGGAACAUAGAGAGCCGAACAAGACGAAGAGUCGAGGAAGAUGAGGAGCUGAGGAAGAGAAAGAGCUGAGGAGGACGGAGAGCUAAGGAAGAGAAAGUUUGAAAGGAUGAAGAGCUGAUUUCAGCAGGAACAAAGACUAAAGUGAUGACCAUUGAACUCUCCAACAAACAAAAAUUGAGUCUUUUUAUGAGACUCUUAAUAACUAUUAAUAUUUCUGUAAAACAACUUAAUAAUUACUGAUAAACACUGAUAUAGAAUAUUGAUGACCACACUGCCUUGUCUGAAGAAACCGCAUUAACGACAGAAACCAAUUUUGUAUUAAAGUCUUCCCUCAUUAAACAGAAAUGUGUUUUAAUUCUGG